AUGGCACCACCGGCAAUUAUUGCGCCUUCAAUUCUGUCCGCUGACUUUGCUCAGCUGGGCCAGGAUUGUGCUCGUACCAUGGAGCAAGGCGCCGACUGGCUGCACGUCGACAUCAUGGAUGGCCACUUUGUCCCCAACAUUACCUUUGGAGCUCCCGUUGUUGCCAAGAUUAGAUCACAUGUCGACAAACCGACCGUUGCUCAUGGCAGAGGCACGUUUGACUGCCAUAUGAUGAUUGCAGAGCCCAAAAAAUGGGUUAAAGAGUUCAAAAAGGCCGGUUGCGACUUGUACUGCUUCCACUACGAAGCGGCAUUUUCGACUGCAGCCGAAAGCCCCGAGGAGACAUCAGAUAAAAAGACGAGCCCCAAAGAGCUUAUUCGGUAUAUCCAUGAUAAUGGACUGCUUGCUGGAAUUGCCAUCAAGCCAGAUACAUCCGUAGAUGUACUAUGGGAUAUCCUGGACGCCACUGAUCCCAAAGAGAAGCCAGACAUGGUUCUCGUCAUGACGGUGCACCCCGGCUUCGGCGGCCAGAAGUUUAUGGCGAGCGAACUUCCGAAAGUGCAAGCUCUGCGAGCGAAAUAUCCCGAGUUGAACAUUGAAGUGGACGGUGGACUAGGCCCUGGGACGAUUGACCAGGCAGCUGAUGCUGGUGCCAAUGUUAUUGUUGCUGGUAGUGCGGUUUUCGGCGCCAAGGAUCCGUCGGAGGUUAUUUCGUUGCUGCGAAAGUCGGUAGAUUCGAGGGCCGGUAGACUGUGA